UGACUCGAGAUUUUUUGGCGAGACGUUACGGAGUGCGAUAGCUCCGUAGCAACGCACACAGGCAAAGUGUCCUUUAAACGGAGAUAUUGAUUAUAAAUAUACCACCGAAGUGAAAAGAGUGCAGCCGUCGUUAUUUGCGUUAAAGGUAAACUGAAUAUUGAGUUCGUCGUUCCACUUGCGAGGCAAGUGUCAUAACCUCGACGAUAUGUCCGAUUACUUUGAGGAAAUGGGUUGGACGCCGUUGGCUGAUGGGGAAGCGCCAAAUCAUUUGAUUCAAAUGGCGCGAUUCUUGCGGGACUUUGGUAUGUGGGACUUGCUCGGCGAGAAUGAAAAACUCCCGCCACCUGCGUCCAAAAGCGCGGUAAAGAAUUUGGAGGAGAUCAAGAUCGAGUCCGUCGAGACUAAACAAUGUCCGGUUUGCUUGAAGGACUUUGAGGCGGGCAAUAAGGCAAAAUCGAUGCCCUGUCGUCACGCAUUUCAUGCGGAGUGUAUCGUACCGUGGUUAGAAAGGACCAACUCGUGCCCGCUGUGCCGCUACGAACUACCAACGGACGAUGAGGACUAUGAAAUGUACAGGAAGGAGAAGCGACGAGCGGUAGAGAGGGAAAAGGAUCUGGAAACUCUACACAAUUCUAUGUUUAGCUAGGAUAUUUGAUUGAAAGUUUCUUGUUAUUUCUUAACACGUUGAAUGCCAUGGGGGUCACCGGUGACUAAGUUUGUUCAUAGCGCCAUGGGCGUGACCGCAUAAUAACAAAAUAAUGUUGACGCCACGGGCAAACCAUGUAAAUUUAGCGUGACAUUCAAUGUUCGGAAGCGAUUUUUUGCUAGCGGUUGGUAAUGCCUUGGAUUACUGCCGGUCGAUAAGAAAGUGUACGUAAUUAUAUAAACUAUAAUAAUAUUUA